CGGGACCGGCGAACCGGUUACCAAUCGGCUUCACCGGCCAAAAUGAAAUAUAAAAAACGAAAUGAAUACCACAGUAGAAUCGACAAGCUUGAGCAUAAACGUGAACGUAUGGGAUAUAUUGAGUUUACAUUCUUGAGAGUGUCCCAGGAUGCGGGCGAUGGUCCCGCUAUACGACACAAACCAGUUAUUUAAGUGAGACCAGUAUCGCCUCGACUACAGACAGAAAAGUCAUGAAGCUGCAAGACUAUGUCAGAUACCUCAUUUGUAUUUUGUUGGUGAAUUUUGGAGGAACUGAUUGCAAUGAACGCGUCAUCGAUGCAGCCGUCAAUAAUCAGACUGAAAUGAGACAUGAACGUGGCAUUUUGGAUUUGGUUUUUGGAAGGUUCCGAACCUGCGGUGGUUGCUUAUGCGGCCGAUCAAAUCGUAACGCAGCACGGUUAGUGGGUGGUGAAUAUACAGAAUCACAUGAAUUUCCUUGGCUUGCAAAUAUUCACGUAAGAUCCAAAUUUCUAGUUAGUGGAGUAUUGAUAAAUGAUCGUUAUGUCUUAACAGCAGCAAGUCAACUUAUUGGAGAAACAGCACCGCAAAUAAAAAUAUCGUUAGGAGGAUAUGAUCGAUGUACUUUUGAUAUCUCGUCAGUAAACAACAGUGUUGAAAGUAUCAAUUUGCAUCCAGAAUUUAAUCCGGCAUCAAAUGUUCACGAUCUAGCUUUAGUUCGUUUGAGUCGCCCAACUAAAUUCGAGAAAAGAAUAUCUCCGAUAUGCUUACCCAAUCCAGGAUCAACUUAUCUCGGUCAAGUUGGAACUCUAGUAGGAUGGACCAAGCACAAAGAUAACGUCGAUACUCAAACGUGUAGACCUCGAAAACUAGGACUUCCUAUUCUGGGACGUAAUGAGUGUAUUAAAUCAGGAAUAAAUCCAAUACAUUUAAAUGAUAAUUACGGAUGCAUCGGGAUUGUGAAUACAAAUUCUUUGGUGUGCGAAAAUGAUGUCGGAUCUUCUGUGCAAUAUCGAUCAUACCUCGGAAUUUACGAUCUGAUUGGAAUUAUUCCGAGUGUGAAUGUAUGCGACAAUGCUCCUAGGGCGACUGUUUUUACAAGAGUAGGAUCAAGCCUCGACUGGAUAUUACAAAACACAAAGGAUGCAUGCUACUGUACAAAAUAAUACAGGCAAAUUUUCAAUAAUUUAAUGAGAAUAUAUUGUUGCACAUAUGUAAUAUUAAUAAUUAUCUUUAAAUAUAUAUGUU